GGAAGGUGGUCCUCCUAGGAGAAAAACACCGUCCAGAAAAGCAAAAACGUUGCAUGUUUUCGUAAAGUUUCUUCAGCUUCAACACACAUCAUGAAACUUCGGAAAUGACACAAAAUCUCGCCAACACAUGAAGUGGAGGAUUUUAAUUGUUUGUCCUCGGGAGUAAAGUUGGGAAACUACGAGUUGAAAAUGGAUAGCCCAGCUGAGUGAGAGUGGGGUGAGGAGGCUGGAUUUGGCAAAGUUGGGAGUCCUGCCCUGAUGCUAACAGGCUAGUUAGCAUGCUAAGACACUUCGUUAUCUCGGAUAAGUAAUGAGAGCUCCCCUCCACUGUUCUCCAGCCUGUGAUUCUGCAGGGGAGCUGCUUUAUCUGUGGCUGCUGACAUUGCAGCUUCCAUCAAUGGAUCGGAGCGCAGAUUAUCUUAUUUUCUGUGGAAGUUCUGCUUGAGUCUUUCUGCGUUUCACCUCAAGGCAACCACACAUAAACCUGUUUCGGGAACUUCUCUCCCUCAAUUAUUUGUGUCCCUCGAGCUUCCAUACUAGCUGUGCUCAUGCAGUUUUCAAUCAAACAUUCAACAUAUUUCUUCCUCUGAGAUGGGGCCCUGGUUGGUUCUUCAAGGGGCUUGAGGUACCCCCCAGCCUGCCGACUGUGCAGUGUGUGUGAGACCAUAAAAGAACACUGUUACAAAAGACAACCAGUGAUACAGUACUUGCUGAUGGAGCCCAGACACACACCGUGCUUGCCCAGAAUAUAUUCAUAAAUUUGGGGAUUUUUUUUUAACCAGACUUAAGUGGAUGUAUCGGGUGUGUUCGUGACUGCUGAUGCCAGCUCCUUGGGACUUGAGUGGGUGUAAUCAGCUUUAUUCAUGAACCCUCUGUCUGAGUGAGGCCACAGCCUGGAUGUUGGAUGCCCUGAGUGUUGAAUCAGCUGUUGCGGUGAUGAAGCAGGGCUCCUGGGGGCCUGUGUGGCUGGCUGGGCAGCGGCCCAAGGUGAUGUGAUGGGGUGCAGGAACAGUAAGGUCCUCCCUGAGCCUCCAGGGGAUGUUCAGUUGGACCUCGUCAAAAAGGUUGAUCCUCCCCAACCUCUUCAGACAGAUAUCUAUAAGCACUUCAUACGAGGGGAUGGCACUAGGAGCAAGAUGGGCGGGGCCGGUGGAGGGGGCGGGGACAAGGCUGACCCCACCUCCCCAUAUCAGGCCCAGGCCCAAGCUGCAACUCCCACGGCUUCCGCCCAACCCCCUAAGGACCCGUCCGAUCUGUCGGACCCUCAGCGGAAGAAGGUGGCAAAAUACAGAGCCAAAUUCGACCCCAGGGUCACGGCCAAGUACGACAUCAAAGCUCUGAUAGGCCGCGGGAGUUUUAGCCGGGUCGUUCGCGUGGAGCACAAAAGCACGCGGCAGCCAUACGCCAUCAAGAUGAUUGAGACCCGCUACCGGGAGGGGAGGGAGGUGUGCGAGUCAGAGCUCUGUGUCCUGCGCCGCGUCCGUCAUACUAAUAUCAUCCAGCUAAUGGAGGUGUUUGAGACAGCAGAACGUGUGUACAUGGUCAUGGAGUUGGCCACCGGUGGGGAGCUAUUCGACCGCAUCAUCGCACGUGGCUCCUUCACAGAACGUGACGCCACGCGGGUGCUGCAGAUGGUUCUGGAAGGCGUCAAGUACCUCCACACUUUGGGGAUCACUCACCGAGACCUGAAGCCGGAGAACCUGCUCUACUACCACCCCGGAGUCGAUUCCAAGAUCAUCAUCACCGACUUCGGUCUGGCCAGCAGCAGGAAGAAGGGGGACGAGUGUCUGAUGAAGACCACCUGCGGCACGCCAGAGUACAUCGCCCCUGAGAUCCUGGUGAGGAAGCCCUAUACGAACGCCGUAGACAUGUGGGCGCUGGGGGUGAUCUCGUACAUCCUGCUGAGCGGAACCAUGCCCUUCGAGGACGACAACCGCAUGAGGCUGUACCGGCAGAUCCUCAAGGGGAAGUACAGCUUCUCUGGAGAGCCGUGGCCCAAUGUGUCCAACCUGGCCAAAGACUUUGUGGAGCGGAUCCUGAUGGUGGACCCCAGCGAGCGGCUGACAGCGGGCCAGGCCAUCAAGCACCCCUGGGUGGUCAGCAUGGCCGCCUCCUCCUCCAACAAGAACCUCCAGCGCUCCAUAUCUCAGAACCUCCUGAAGCGGGCGUCGUCGCGCUGCCACAGCACCAAGUCGUCGCAGUCCACCCGCUCCAGCCGCUCCACCAAAUCCAACAAGGCCCGGCGGGUGAGAGAGAAGGAGCUGCGGGAGCUGAACCGCCGCUAUCAGCAGCAGUACAAUGGCUGAAACUGGGACCACAACCUUAUACUUUAAGGGGAAACAGCUCUACAAUGACUGACAUUUUCAAAAUGACCAACACCGUUCGAAGUUGCCGCCAGUGUUUGAGGCCAAAAUGGCAAAUUAUACCUUUAAAAAAAAGACAAAAAUGGAUGAAAAGUAGCUGCUGCCAUUUGAGAAUUCCUCUUGCAGCGAGUCUCCGAAUGACAGAAAAAGACAAACCACAGAAGUCUUGAACUCCAAGGGUUACAUCAUCUCUCCAUCCAUUCCUUCACUUUUUUCUCAGGAAGGAUGGUGCCUUCCACUCCUUUUUUGCUUUUCUUACAAUCCCUGUGUCUCUACAUAUUUAUUUAUUAUUGUUGACAUGAUUAUUAGUCUCCAUUCAAACGGUCACUGGAUAAUGACUUUCUGAAAGGAUCUGUUGAACAGAGUUCUGGGUUACUAAGAAGAAAAGGGGAUUCCCCUCGGUCAUUCCUGAUUGGAAAUUGCUGUGAAUUUAUUAUUGUACAGACCUUGUCUACAGAUGUGGGUGACGCAAGCACACUGCAACCAAACCACACCCUCGAAGGUCAAAAUGAAGGCGUAUUUUUUAUUAGUCUAAGCUUAUCUACUCUUGCCAUUAUUGCCUUGUUGAUAUCAUUGUUCUAAAACUGUCAAAAGAUUGUGAAGCUGUUUUGUGUUGAAUCUUCAAUGUAUUGUAUUAGACAAUAGGCCACACAGCCCCGCUCCCAAUGACAUUUACAGAUCAUUAGAUUUAACCAUGAAGUACCUGGUAUGAUCCCUUUGUAUUGUAAAGCAGUAUUCUAAUCAUUCACUGUCUUUGUGAAGGUAAACAUCUCUGCUGUUUGUUGGACCAGCUCUUUGUAAGUUCAAUGUUAGCUUGGCCUUAAGAUACAUUUUUAUUAAGUGGAGAUAAAUGCAACAAAAUUAAAGCAAGUUGUAAAACACAAACACAUUUUCCCUAAAAGAACAGCUGUUGCCAAACUGCACUACAACUUGUUUCCUACUGUAGCUAAACCGACUGACAAAGCUAACAUAAUGUUAGCUUGCUAAUAUGAGACCAGUUCAGAAUGAGGAGAUAAGAGCUAUGUGACCUGACAGCUUGCAAUACAAAUGCUUUUAAGAAAUCCUUUUUAAGUGGAAAGACUUAAAAUUGAAUUUCCUGAAAAUAAUAAUAAAUGUUAUGCCCUAAAAACAGUAUUAAUUAAAGCUAGUUUAGCAUUAGCUAGUAAUGCUACUAAUGCCGAAACAGUCUUUUAAAGCCAAUGGUGCAACUUCCUGAGUUGGGAAAUCGUUUUCCCAAUUUCAUGUGUGUUCAUGAGCAUGGAUGCUCCUAAUAAGAUAUUGUAUUUUUUCCUCUGAAUGUUUAAACAACAGCUGUUUCUAUGUUGUUGUUCCAAGUGGGGGAGUUCCUGAGAAUGUUCUAAUGCUAAUGCAAGUGAAACAUGGUUAUGUUAAUGUUUUCGGCCUGUGAUUUGGAUCCACUCCAAAAUGUAAUAGGUUCUUCCUUGGACCAUACUACACCCUACCAACGUUGCUCUUUAAAAUGUGGCCUGUAGUUUUUUCACCAUAACCCUCCACAAACAAACCAAGCCCCCCCAAAUAAAACUGCCGUAAAAAACCCUUACAAUUAUAUUUCAUAUGUUUUGGAAGUUAUGCUACAGUAACCUCCUGUUUAUACGUACGUUACCGAAGUCUUUACAAACUUAGACAUUUGUUAAGUUACUCAUGGAUUUACAAACAGCUUGUGCAACCCAACCUGAGUCCUGCCAUCGUUCCUAGCUAGCCUCUGUUUUACCAACAUCUUUAGCGAGGUGAAUGUCUUUUGAACAAUGAAAACAUUGCGUUUUUCACUCUAAGCUGCCAUUUUAAGUGCUAGAUUCCCAUUCAGCACACAAUAUAGUGCGAAAAAUCUUUUUUUUAGAGACUUACCAAGUUCGAUGUAGAAGCUUGUGGAGCAGAGGCUAACCACUAGUUUUUCAGUGAUAAGGUAUACCAGCAACUCUCAGGCUGAAAAACAGUCCUCAGUGUAAAACUACACUUAUGACCAAAAUGAAGGAAACCACUGAAGACAAUGAGGAGCUUUUGGAGGUAUACAAAAAGAUGAAUUACAGAACCUAGCAUAUGCAACCAUGCAAGUUUUCUUUAAUUCCUUUCGCCUGUAAGUGCACUCAAGCUGAUCGCUACUUCAAAUCUUAAUCUUAAACUUUGUCAAAAUAAUGUAAUGAUUGUUAUUGAAUAUUUUUGACUCCUUUUAUUUUGAAAAGCACUUAACAGUUAAAAUGUGUCCAUCCUUCUUUCUUAAAUCGGACCUGUUAACUGUGUUUUUAUAUGUGUUGUCCAUUCAGAGCUCUCCCAGAGUGAACCAGUUGCUACAGUGUGGUCUUUUCUCUUUACAGGAGUAUUUUUGCUGUGAUUUACCCCACACUUAUAACACGUGUUGCUGUUGUGAACUUUUUAACACGUACUGGAAACCUAACCGAGCCAUGUCAGCUGACCUCAGUUUUUUUGCUUUUUAUUUGUCUAUUUUUUCUUUCAUUUCUACCGGGAUGUUCCGUAAUUUCUCAAUUUUCCUCGAUGAACGAUUGAUUUAAGAUCGUAUAUUCUUCUGUCCCACCGAUGUUAUCCCUGAUGUCUCACCUCUAAAUUGUUUAUAUAGACUGCAAGUGAGGCUUACAUUGGAACUGGUACGCUCUUAAUUUUAACUGUCUUAAUUUUGAUAGAUAUUCCAUCCAAAAUGUGUCUUUUUUUUAUAUAUCAAACGCACUCUGUCGGGUGUUUUGGGUGAGGUAUUGCUCAUGAUGUGGCCUAUAUUCUGUUAGUUGGUUCAUCAAUGGUGUCUGUGUGAAGUAAACAUUUUGAACACGUGUUACAAGUCACAAAAUAAUAAUUCGGAAUUGCUGUGGGUGUGGCUGCAACAUUGUUUAGUGCCUUUUGUAUAAAAUGUACAACAAAUAACCAAAUCAGUUCAUUAGCAGAAUGUCAGCACAUUUGUAAAAGUGUUUACUUUCAUGUUUUUAUAUAUCUGUGUGAUUUUAUAUAAAUGCUGUCCUCCUAAUUGAAGUAGCCAACUCAUCACUGUUAUCUGAAAACAGUUGUUUUUUGUUACUGUGUGUCUAAAUGAAUGAUAACACUUUGAUUCUUCUACCAUUAACUUUUUUAUUUUUUUUAAAGGUGAGUUGUAUGUGCCAAUAAAACACUCGAACCUGA